GUGCGUAACGCUCGGCGCUUCCGGACCCACCUAUCCUACUCUCACCAGUGCGUCAGUCAGCUGACUCGCGUGGCAUUUUUGGAUACGGUAGCCGGGAAGGUAUAAAAGCAAAAGCAACGCGAAGCCUGUCCGCUGGGCUGGAAUGGCUUCAGAGCAACCGGAGAGCGGCCGUGGGUCCAGCGAAGAGGAGGAUGACUUCGGCUACGGGCUGUUCCCGGAGCGAAACCGCGGCGAGAAGAAGGCCCCGAAGAGCUUCCUCUAUAAGAGCCUGUUCACCUUCAACCACAAGUGCCAAGUUAUGUUGAAGAUCGCCCUGGAGAACAAUCCAUAUGCUAAACUGUUACUUGAUGCUAUGAAGAAUUCUGGCUGCACUGUUUUCAAAGACCGACACUUCUCAUGUGAAGAUUGUGAUGGAUGUGUCAGUGGAGGAUUUGAUUCUUCAACAUCGCAGAUUGUUUUGUGCCAAAACAAUAUUCAUUAUCAAUCUCAUAUGGACAGAGUGGUGACUCAUGAGCUCAUCCAUGCCUUCGAUCAUUGCCGCGCUCAUGUGGACUGGUUCAAUAAUAUGAAACACCUUGCUUGCUCAGAGAUUAGAGCUGCCAACCUGAGUGGAGACUGUUCACUUCUCAAUGAAAUGAGCCGGUUUAAUUUUGGAUUGAAGCAGCAUCACCAGGCCUGCGUUAGAUACAGAGCUGUUCGCUCCAUCCUGGCUGUUAGAAAAGUUAGCAAAGAAAUGGCAGAGAAGACUGUAGAUGAAGUCUUUGAAUCCUGUUUCAAUGAUCAUGAACCUUUUGGCAGAGUGCCUCACAGCAAAUCUGAUGCAAAGCAUGCAUAUAGAAAUUUUCAGAACCGUGACAGAUACUACGGAAAUUUAUAGAUGAGCCUAUUCAUCUUCUGAACUGUGCCAUUUGAGGAAAGUUUUGCAAAAGAUUAAAAAUGAAGAUAACUAAAGCCUCGGAAGAAAGAAUACCCACAUUGUUGAAUCUCUGUUCUAGUUUUCAUUUAACAUAAGAAUGAAUCUAGCAAUGUUGAUGUGUCACCAAUGAGCACAUAAAGGUAUAUAUGUCUGUUACUGGAAAUUUGUUUUGUAAAUGCAUUGGUUGAAUAAAUGUUAUUUUGCUAA